UUUUUUAAAUUAUUAUUAAAAACACAAGUUGUUGAAGUCCAAGAAGAAGACAAACAAAUUUCUAAGCCAGUCCAUGAGUUCGUUUCGUUUAAGAACUUGUCAUCUGACAAAUACUCCAACACACCACAAGAUAUCAUAGGAGUAGCUGUCAAAAUAAACCCAACAAAAGUGGUGAACACAGUGUAUGGACAGCGAACCAUACAAGAAAUUUAUCUAAUCGAUGACAGUUGUAGCUUCCACCCGAUAUGUUUAACUCUGUGGGGUGCUUUGGUACAAGAUAUUAGUGAAAAAUUGUCUGAAGUUACUGGAAACAACCCGAUAAUAAUGGGAACAAAGAUGAUUGUUCAAACUAAGAGAGGACUGUCGUUGUCAAGCCGUGAAUCAAGUACAAUCGAAAUCAAUCCUGAUAAUUACGAAGCAACUACUCUUCAUCAAUGGGCUGAAAAUAACAAAGCAGACAUAAAUAAUAUUACUAUUCAAGCACCUACAUCUCAGUAUUCUCCAAAUUCAUCUGCUGCAAAACGAGAAUAUGUUAAGAACAACGAAGUUACCGAUUUGGUAAAGCAAUUAAAACCAACUCAGAAAGCAUAUUAUUGGAUUGAAGCUGAAAUCAUAUUAAAAAAUAUCAACCAAGAUUUUUAUUACAUGUCGUGUGAUUUUUGUAAUAAGAAACUUAUGUUCUACAACGACAACGAAGAAACAGAUUGUGAAAAUCCAAAAUGCGGAAAAAGAUGUCUUCCUACACCACGUGCAAGGACAUAUGUACAACUCGACGAUGGUACAGAGUUGCUAGAUGCUGUGAUGUUCGGUGAUGUUGCAGAAAACAUAUUCUCAUGUACUGCAGUUCAAUUAAGAUCAUAUUCGGACGAGAAACAUAAGUUGUUUGUCCAAAAAACUACAAGGCAAUUAUCAGCCAAAAAAUGGAGAAUUCAGUUGUACGUAGAUGCAAACCGAACAAUGAGUUCAAAGUACAAUCAGUUCACCAUUCAAGCAGUUGAACCAAUGGAAGAUUAGGCAGAAGUUGCCAUUUUUCUUUUACAGUACUUUUAUUUUAUUUAGUGUUAAGACUUUUCUUGGUGCCGAGCUUCUUUCACUUUCUAUUGACUUGUUAUCUACGAAUUUACAUGGAGUAUUGUAUGCAAGUAUUUCAUAUACCCAAUUUUCUAGAAGUAAAUAAUAAGUAUCAUUUUAUUU